AUGGAAGUCGGUCCUCGUACCAGGCCCCCGGUAUGCCCUUAUUGGACGUCGGGGUACUUGGGGAUCAUUGGCUUUGAGUUUGGCGAGGCUGGAGCGGAGGGCGUUUCCGACCCCUGCAAGCCCCUGGUUUACCCCACACUGUUCUCUUCGACACGAUUAAUUGGUAUCCAUUGGCUGGCCUGGUACGAGAUGUGCACUAAGUGA